UGACAUGGAAAUGUUGUGCCCGAUGCAAAUGUCCUUCCAUGGAGGUUCGUGUGAGAUCAUUCUAUUUCCGUCGUGGGCUACCACAACGGUUGGAAAAUUUGUGGCCGCAUGGUUUGUGUUCUUUGCGAUGGCGCUGCUCUACGAAGGGCUCAAAUUUUAUCGGGAGAUCAUCAGCCAAAGGCAACGGAAGGCGUCCGGAGCCAAGCUGGAGGUUUCCGCUGCACCUGGAAUGUGGCACUUCAUGAAAAGCCCGCUGCACAUCAUCCAAUCGUUGCUGCACCUGAUCCAGGUUUCGGUUUCCUACAUCCUGAUGUUGAUUGUAAUGACCUUUAAUCUGUGGCUGUGUUUGGCUGUCGUUUCCGGUGCCGCCGUCGGAUACUACAUCUUUGGCUGGAUCCGCGAAAGUACUCACGAUCCGAACGAGUGCUGCAACUGAAUUUGCUUUUCGAUGUGGCUGUAAAUAGUUUACGAUUAUUUUUAGGGUUAGAAAAUCGUUACGACUGAACCAAAAAAAAAAAUUGGUUCCGAAGGUCGUAAUUUGAGAUGAAACCUCCACUUUUCCGUAGUAUAAGGAACAGAGCUUUACCAAAAACUUUCAGUGUUGUACAGUGUAGGUAGUUAGAAUAUAAAAUUGAGUAGAACUGUAAGUUAUUUUUAAAAUUGAAAAAAAAAAAUUAGAU